CUCGUUCGCGGGCGAGAGCCGGCUCCCGUCGUUCACUUAAAAGAGCCGGCUCGUUCGCGACCGACACAUCACUACCUCCAUAGCCUUGCCAGCAGCGGGGUUGCCGGUGGUUUGAGUAGCGGUGCAAAUCCAUUAAUGAAAAGUCAUGGCAGACAAGGCACAGAUACCAGAAGCGAUUAAAGUCCAAGGUGAAGUGGUGCUGAAGCUGAAGUCAGAGAAGGCUAGUAAAGAGCAGAUCGAUGAAGAGGUUUCCAAACUGCUGCAGCUGAAGGCUCAGAUCGGAGGAGAUGAUGGAGAACACCAGUUUGUUCUCAAGACGGCAAAGGGAACGAGGGACUACAACCCCAAGCAGAUGGCCAUCAGAGAAAAAGUGUUCAACACCAUCCUCGGCUGCUUCAAACGCCACGGUGCAGAGACCAUCGACACACCUGUUUUUGAACUAAAGGAAACGUUGACAGGAAAGUAUGGAGAAGACUCAAAGCUCAUCUACGACCUGAAGGACCAAGGAGGAGAGCUGCUGUCCCUCAGAUAUGACCUCACUGUGCCCUUCGCUCGCUACCUGGCCAUGAACAAGAUAACAAACAUCAAGCGUUACCACAUCGCUAAAGUGUAUCGCCGUGACAACCCCGCCAUGACUCGGGGACGUUACCGAGAGUUCUACCAGUGUGAUUUUGACAUCGCAGGGCAGUAUGACGCCAUGAUUCCAGACGCUGAGUGUCUGAAGAUCGUCUACGAGAUCCUCAGUGAGCUGGACAUCGGAGACUUCCGGAUCAAGGUGAACGACAGACGCAUCCUGGACGGGAUGUUCGCUGUGUGUGGUGUUCCAGAUGACAAGUUCCGCACCAUCUGUUCAACAGUGGAUAAACUGGACAAGAUGCCGUGGGAGGAAGUGAGGAAGGAGAUGGUGAGUGAGAAGGGUCUCUCAGAGGAGGCUGCGGACCAGAUCGGGGAGUACGUCAGUUUACAGGGUGGGAUGGAGCUGGCAGAGCGCCUCCUGCAGGAUCAGAAGAUGUGUCAGAGUAAGCAGGCCAGUGCGGGGCUGAUGGACAUUAAGCUGCUGUUCAGCUACCUGCAGCUGUUCCAGGUCACGGACAAGGUGGUGUUUGACCUGAGUCUGGCCCGGGGUCUGGACUAUUACACAGGGAUCAUUUACGAGGGGUUUCUGACUCAGGCGGGCAUCGCUGCUGAAGCCCAGAAUGGUUCUGGUGCAGAGGAGAGUGUGAGCGUGGGCAGCGUAGCGGGCGGGGGCCGGUACGACGGGCUGGUGGGGAUGUUUGACCCCAAGGGCAGGAAGGUGCCAUGUGUGGGGGUCAGCAUCGGCAUCGAGAGGAUCUUCUCCAUCAUGGAGCAGAAGGCCGAGGCCUCAGCACAGAGGGUCCGCACCACAGAGGUUCAAGUGAUGGUGGUGUCUGCUCAGAAGAACCUGCUGGAGGAGAGACUCAAACUGCUCACUGAGCUCUGGAACGCUGGCAUCAAGGCAGAGGUAAUCUACAAGAAGAACCCCAAACUGCUGAGUCAGCUGCAGUACUGCGAGGACUCUGGGAUCCCCCUGGUGGCCAUCCUGGGAGAGCAGGAGCUGAAGGAUGGGAUGGUGAAGCUGCGCACCGUGGCAACCAGAGAGGAGGCUGAUAUAUCCAGAGCAGAUCUGAUAACUGAGAUCAAGAGGAGGACCUCUGAGGCCUAGACGUUAACCCCUGCCCCCCCCACGCCACCUUCAAACAGACUCCUUUGCAAUGAUGUCGACAUGCCUUCAGUGUCAGCACUGUAUAACAGGGAGCUGCUGUGAGGAACGCAUCAGUUAUUAUUAUCUACAAAGCUGCUACAUUCAUUUGUACAGCUCCAUCUCUGCUCUGUUUAAGACGUGUACUUUCUCCCUGCACCAUCUCAGCUUCUAACACUUUCAUUUGUUCCAUGGCUGUACUGUCAGGUGUCUGAAAUAAACUCAAUGCUCAGCAGCUUGUGUUCACUGACAUUCUCAGUUUAAAACAA